AUGGCGAGCCUGCGGUUCCUGCGCGUUUGCGCUCUCCUUCAGGCCCUCGGCAGUGCCCAGGCCUUCGCGCCUCCAUGGACAAUUACCCAAUACUUUGAAGUCACUACAACCACGAUACCAGCCCGUACGUAUACUCAUGCAACGUACUCCGCCAGGGAAUAUACCGAGACGAUACCAGUGGUACCAACGGUUACUUCUCCCCGGGCCACAACUACAAUCACGACAACUGGCUAUGAUGAUAUGACCACCCUCCAGAUCGGACUCGAAGCCGGCCAGGGAACAAGCUCAUCCUACAGUUAUCGAUCGAACACAGUUAAUUACUACAUCCCCCUCACAUAUACCUACCCUUCAUCGUGCUCGAUAACAUCUGGACCGAGCACCAUUACGACUGCCGCGUACAUCUCAAUUCCAUCUGGCAUUGAGAGCCAGAUUACUCCAACCCUGACAACGACAUCUACGUCGACGGACUCUUACGCAUAUAGACGGACGACAUAUCGAUAUACGACUACAAUGGCCCUUUUGAACCCCACAGAUCUUCCAUCUGACGUUGUAAGCAGCGCGGAGGCCAGCAAUACUCCCAGGGCGAUCAGGUACUGUGAGUAUAGCUCAGGGUCUAGUUCAGGGUCUGGGUCAUCUAGCUCUGGCUCUGGCUCUGGCUCCAGUUACGACUAUUACUGCGAUAGGUACCCGUACUCCUGCGGCAGAUCAACUUAUUGGGCUUCUAGUCUUGCACUAGCCCUUAUUAUCGCUUUCUCGUGGUUCGGCCUCUUCUUCAUUAUCGGGAUGAUCGAGAGCGCUGUUAGAUUCAGAAAUCUCAUGCUUGGCCGUGGCGCAAGCAGAGGGUUGCCCAAGUCAUUUGCUUGCCUAUGCCCACUCCUAUCCUGCUUGUUCAUCAUAUGCAUGCAUCGGGGGUACAGACCGAAGCCGAAGGUAGAACAGGAUGUACUGGCAAGCAAUUGGAAGUCCAUGUCUUUUACUGCGAAAUUAACUCUCUGGUUGAAAUAUGGGUUUAGCAGAGGUUACCCUCCAAUUCUUGGGGCAGCGCCUCCCCUUGCAACCGACCCCCGACCUACUGAGCAACAGCCCACAGUACCCGGGGUUAUGGCACCGCUCCCUCAGCAGAUGGCAGAACAGCCCCCGGUACCAGGGGUGAUGGCGCCGCUCCCUCAGCAGAAUGGCCCACAGUCAUUACCUCUGCAAACAGAACAGCAGGUUAGCCGGCAGCUAGACAAUCAACAUACAGAGCAGCAGCUAAAUACUCAAUCGACGGAGCAACAGCCAGGCGCACCACAGGGAGAAACGCAGUAUGAACCCCUGCCAGUCCCAGCGCCAUACCAGCCUCUCCCAACAAUAGCCCACAGCGGCAACACCGCACUAUUUGAGCAGCCAGGGCAGGCUGUCUCGCCAACUUCUGGAAACGUUUCUCCGAUCCCACACCAAUCUCAGCCCGCUCAACCAAAUACUUCACAUGAACAACAUGUGUACCCAGAGCAGCCACGAGAAGUACCAAAUGACACGACUGAUGCGCCCACUGGAGCGCCCACUAGAGCGCCCAAAGCUACUUAG